AUGAAAAAAACAUUAUUAGCGAUUAUCAUAGUUUUUUAUUUCAAUUUAAUUUUAACCAAUCAAUCAGUCAUAGAAGCACUAGAUUGUGCAACCAAAGUUAUAGAGAAUAUAUUACAAAUCGAAAAUAAGAAUGGAUGUAGUUUCGUUCCUCCACAGGGACCUACCAAGAAUCUGUCUUUUGUCAGUACAAUAAAUAUCACACAACCUCCUACACAGGCAAAUGGUGGAUCUAGUUCGCCUGGUGGAUCGGGUUCAACCAGUGGAUCAAGUUCGCCUAGUGGAAGUGGAUCCACUUCACUAAAUGCAAAAAAACCAAUAUCUCUUCUUGGAGGAGCGCUUUUUAGCUUAGGAGAGCUUGUUAAUGGUGCAACGGCGUUGCUUUCUCCGACGGUUGUCAACGACAGUGUCUCAAUUGGCCAAAACUCUGGUGUAAAAUGUCAGCUGAUCUUGGGCAUAUGUUUAGAUACUCCUGCGCUCAAUGUAGAUGGACUCAUUGCCUCCAUUUUCCCAUCGAAAAUCAAAGCUAAAAAUUUCAAUUUGUCAGCCACUGGCAUUCUGUUUGUCAAUAACGAUACUCAAAUCUACAGCGAUGAUUUCAAUAAUGUGGGUGGAUCGAUCUUGGCUAAUGCUACCACUUCCAUCUAUUCCGGAAUUAAUAUGUCAUCGAAUGCAAGCUUGAAUAUUACUGGAUCUGACUUUACAUCAUAUGGAGUUGAUUCUGACAAUGCUAAUAUCAACGUUGACCAAACCGGUAAAUACAUCACACCAAACUCCACCAAUCUAUCCAAUGGUGCGCGUGUUAACAAUUACGGUUCCUUCCAAACAUCUUCAUUUUCAAUCAAUUCAAAUUCCAAAGCCUAUUCCGAAGGAAAUAUUCUAACUAAUUUACUAAAGAAUAUUGGUGGUUCUUUGAUUGGAAAAAAUGGUCAGAUGAAGGCAAAUUCAUUCAUUUCUGAUUCAAACAAUCAAUUUACUGGAUCAUCAUUAUCAAUUAAUAGUUUAAAUAUUACAAACAGUGCAACUUUCAAUAUUGCGAAUGGUGACAUCAAUACUCCAAAUAGCAAUGGAGUUUUUUCGAUUUCAGGUACUGUCAGUAUUGAUAAUACAACUUCCAAUCUAUCUCCACAAUCAAUGGAUAUUUCAAGUGAUUCAGAGGUUAAUUUUUCAAAUAGUAAUGUUAAUAUUAAUUCUCAAUUCCAAAGCUCUGGUACUUCUAAGUUUUAUGGAAAUUCAUGUAAAGUUGGCAUGAAUGGAGCAAGACAUUCCUUGAAAGACAGUAGUUUAUUAUCAUUUUUAAAUUCAAAUAUUGGUUUGGCCAGUUCAUCUCUACUCUCAUUGAAUGAUCAAUCCGGAAUUCAACUCAAACAGAAUACUGUCAUCAAUUCUGGAUCGGUGGUGAAUGCAGCUGACCAAUCUACACUUGCAGUCAGUCAAAAAUCAAUAUUCAAUCACAACGGUGAAUCAAUGAAUUUCAAAGAUUCAUCUAUUCUUUUGGUUUCCAACUCUGAUAUAUUAUUUAAUAAGCCAUUCUCAUUCUCGGAUCAAUCUAAAAUCAAUACCGACACCGAUUCCUCAUUGUCAAUGGUGGGAACUAAAGGUACAAUGUCCGGAAAAUCCAAACUAUCACUACUCCAAUCCACUCUAAACAUUGACCCAUUGUCAAUCUUAAAUAUGACUGAGCAAAGUAUUAUUAAUCUUAAUAAUGGCUCAUUAAGCAUCAGUGGUUACCUAUUACAAAGUGCAUUUAGUAGUAUUCUGUGUAACCAAAGUUUGGUCCAACUGUCAUCCGGAGAGAAACAAAUCAGUGGUAUUUUCAAUAUUCUAGAGGGAUCUUCACUUUUACUGUCCAAUAACUCAAGAGUAUCUGUCAGUGGUAAUUUAAGUGUUUCUUCAUCGUCAAUGGAGAUCAAGAACGGUCAAUUUGAUCUUCAACAAAAUGGACAACUCACAUUAAACUCUGGUACUCUUAGUAAUGAAGAUAGACUGAAUAUCUUGGGUAAAUUAAUCAUAGGUGGUAACACUGUAUUCAAUAAUUUGGUAGGCGGAACCGUUAAGUUGUACUCAAGUCUUACUAGCGAUGACAAUUCCAAUAUUAUUGAAAACUUUGGUCAAUUCCAUUUUAUGGAAAAUACUAAUAAUGUAAUUGAUCAAUUUAUUAAUAAUGGUCAAGCUUAUUUCUAUGGUUCUAAAUUGUCAAGUAAUCAAUUCUCUAUUCAAACUGGACAUAUUGAUUUAAAUAACUCUACCAUAUCCACUGGUACUUUGUUUAUCAAAGGUGGAUCGAUGUUUGCUGCUGGUAGCACUGUCGAUGGAGAUCUCUACCAUGAGUCAGGUUCUCUUGGUUCUCAGAAUACUACAUCCACCUUAAACAUCACAGGUGACUGCAACCAACAAAUCAAUUCAAAUACCAAUAUCUAUAUUGAUAUUGAUAAUAAUAAUCAAAGUAUAUCUCAAAUACAUGUUGGAAAGAAUAUGAGUUUCAAUGGUACUCUAACAAUUGUUUUGAAUCAAGAGAAUAUAGACAAGUUGGCUAGUGUUGGAAGUAUUACAAUGAUGAGAUAUGGAUCAUUCUCUGGUAAUUUCAGUACUGUCAAUAUCAGAGUGUUUAACCCAUCUACCGGACAACAGAAAGACGUUGACAACAAGUGCAUUACUCUUGAUUCGGGAAAGACGUCAAUGUCUAUGUUGGUCAAUAGUGCUGAUUCAUGUACACCCACCGAUGACUCUGUGUUCAGUAAUACCAAGAGUAGAACUAUUCUUAUGUCUACAAUAGUCUCUGUUUCAAUUGUCUUGGCCAUCUCCACCGCUGUCCUCAUAUGGAAGAGACAUUCCAUCGCCACUUUCCUCAAAAUCAGAAGAGAAUCAAGAUUAAUGAGACAAUCUAUAAAUAAUAGCAGGUUUUAA